CCACUCUCUGCUUCCGCCCACCAAGUCUGCUUCCGCUUCUGCGGCGUAUCCCCGCCUAACUCGGCGACUGGGGCUGCUCGGGGGAGAACAAUGCAGCGUACUUCCCACACACGACGACUGCCUGCGCAUCAUCGCAUCCUCGGCGGCGCUGGUGGGAUAUCUGUGGCCAGGGCGGGCCACGCACCGAUUCCCGCAAUCUACGCGACUGUCACUACAAGGCGUCGUCCUCGGGUGUGCACGGUAUCCAGGUGGUAUCGCCGAGCCCAGCACUCAACAGCGCGUAGUGCAGAACGCGGCCCCGGAGGCGUCGUGCGCGGCUAGCGGCGACUGCGCCUGCGACUCGACCCAUCGGAAUGCCUCUCCGUGCGACCCAGCUCCCCUAGCGCAGCAUCUGCUGCCUCGGGUGUAGACGUCGUGGAGAUGGCUGAGAGGGUCGUCGUACGACGUAUAUCUGCAUGCGCGACGACGGGGCCAGACGGUCCUUCGCCGAUUUUGCGCGGAUGGGCCGUCUGACGGUUCUACGGUUUCCCGCAAGGACCGCCCUCACCUUCCUCGCCUGUUCGCCGUGCACCCCUGGCAGGCUCUCUCCCAGCCCAUUGCUCGGUGGGUGGUGCGUACGCACCCUCCGUUGUCCGCCGUCCGCGCCGCGUUCAGGUAUGCGCUCCUCUCGGACGGCGGCAUUAUCGCGUCCUCACGCAUGCGCAUCCUUGAAGCCGCGCUAUCCCGCACCGCCCACUGCGCUCCGCGUCGAGCGUGCAUGAGGCGCGUCUGUGCCUCCCGGUGGCGUGCACAGGACUUCGCAGGCAUCGGGUCCUGCUGACGGCUGUGUUUUCGAGGUGCGAACGCCCAGAAUAUGGUAAAUGGAAUAUUUUUCAAGGCACCAGUCGCCGCUUGUGCAUCAUAUGGUGUGUACUGCGUACCACCCGCCCGCGUUUCCUAUCUGAUGCACUCGUGGCUUGGUCCAAGCAGAAACGGCAGUGCCCCCGCAUUUCUGUGCGGCUGUUUCGUUCACCGUGCAUGUUUAAACAGCGUGCGCUGUGCUCUGGAUACGGCGUUUUACUGCCUUUGGACCGCGGUGCCGUGCACGCCUGCGUCGGUGGUUGCUACUCUCCCCAAGAUGCCGACCUCGCGCGCCGAUGCAGCUUCCUGUGGGACUCUGAACGCAACGACGCACACCCCCGCACCACGGUGCAUCCACUCAGCGAGUAUCAGAGCCGUCGGGACCAAGACUUUCUGUUGUGCCGAGCGAUCUCAUAGACCAAGUGCAAACAGAGAAUCGCGUGUUGCGGCCGUCCUCACGGUCAACGCCGCAGCGCCGUCCCAACGCCAUCCACACUUCCAUCGGUGCUCCCAUAGACGUCUAUGGCCAUGUCCCGCCAUGUUCGCAUGUGUGCGAGCAGGUAGCCCCUCGAGGAUGUCACGAUGACCCCGACAAGACGUCCUCACGCCCGAACGCCGCGCCGUAUCACCCUCGAAAUGCGCUUUCACCCGAUUUGGACCAGGAUGCAAGCGCCCCUCUAGCCUCAACUCCGUCCAAGCAGAAGUCGCAUAAAAAACGCCCACGCGCGCUUCGAUGCGUUUUUGCAGGCCUGUACCCACCUUGCACAGUCGUCUUCCCGCGGGUCCUCUCGCGCUAUACUUGCGAAUACAUUCGCUGACGGACGCCUGCGUCCGCCUCCCACUGCGCUCGGAAGUGUACCCACGGGUGUGGCCGGCCUGGACGUCGGUGAUUGUGCGAGGACACCUGGUCGGGCUGCAGGUCGCGCGGGUCGGGCGCGCCAACCCCGCACCGGACGGCUCGAAAUGCACACCCCCCCCCCUCGCACCAUGACGCACAUGUGUGGCGAGCUGCAGUGCGUUUCGGGCGAAAACAUUCAUGACAUCUGUCAGCGGUUCCUCUGGUUUUGAGCGGACGGUACACCGAAUCACACGUCGAACUCGCGGGCCGACGCCGCACGGGACAUGCUUGCGAACGCAACGACUUACUCCUGACCUUAGAGCACGUACGCCCGCUGUGUCACAGCGACACCCAGCGCCGUCUGGGCAGACUCGUGCGCACUUUUGACGGGCGAACAAACAAGAACUCCUACCUGCGGGUGCGCACCAUGUUCCGCGUCCACGUCUGAACACGUCCAGAUGGUCUGGGCUUCCACGACUUUGCAGGGCCUCGAGGACGCAUUUCCGAAUACAUCGAUUUCGCGCGCCGCCACCGUUGCGCGGCGCGUAGGACAGACAAUGUCACGCUCGUUGUACUAGGCCCCGGCACUGCAUGAACUCAACCUGUGGAACGGAGCCCGAAACGCGCGUAUCGGGCUUCCCUCGCGCUCCCUCGCUGCACCUUUGCAUUUGCCUUUACCUUUGCCUUUGCGCACAGACUCGUCUGCGUCACUCGCUCUCGUCACACGCCACGCUCGGACUUCGAAGACCGACGAUCUCGCGCAGGUUAGGCUUGAUUCUCAGAGGCGGGCCUCCGAUGCAUCCACUCCGCGCACCGACGCCGUGCCGUACAUCUACGAAGAUGGAACACCACUCUCCUCGCACCAGAGCGUACACAUCUACGAACGCAACAUUUUCAGAACACAAGGGAUGCCUGUCUUUCACACAGUUUAUCGCAGACCCCAUGUACAGCAGGCCGGAGCGCGCGCCCCGGACCUUGCCUGAUUACUCCCGCACCGCGCCUUUGUGCUUCAUACGCUCCUGCUAUGUACGUUCACUCCUGUCCCCGAAGUGUUCGCAUGCGCGCGGACGGGUUCCGUACGUGAUGGUGCUCGCGACUAUGUCUCCCGACGGCGCGUCAGGACGGUGUCGGCGUACAUGGCUUCUACACCGCCCGAACGCAGGCGUACGUCCCCUGGGUAUGAUCCUGAUGAGAAAUCGCGCGGAUUGCGCCUCGCAAUUCCGCAUUCCUGGUCGUUACGGCACCGAGAAGACAGGGUGCCCCUGCGGCGGGCCGCCCCCUAGCCACGUGCGCCCGGGCCAGAGGCCCAUCGCAUGCGAGCGUUGUCUUCGACGUUACGUACCAAGUACCGGUCUGUACCGUACUGCGACGUUAAU